AUGAUAGAUGAAGAUCUUACCUAUAAUUCCACGGUGGAAAAGUAUGAAUCAUCAUCGAAUUGUGGUAAAACACCAAAGGAAACAGGUAUUAUUUGUUUACCGUGUUCACAAGUGAAAAGACCUUCUUCAUGGGAUGACAGCGACGAUGAUGAUGAUGAUGAUGAUGAUGUUGAUGAUUUUACUACAUUGCCAUCGAAAUUUACCUAUAAUAAAAACCAAUCGGAUUAUUAUAUUCCACAUAUAAAAAGUUUUAAUACUCAUGAAAAUAUAACAGAAUUUAAAAACAGUGAAAUUGUCAUAAAUAAAAAAAACAGUUUGAGUGACAGAUCGAAUAAUGAUAAUAAUAAUAAAAUAAAUGAAAUUAAUAGGAGGCAAAAUCCAGCAAGGAUUAGAAGAAGAAAUAAAUGUUUAAACGAUGGAGGAUCCCCAACAUUCGGUGAAGGAAUUAAAACUAGAGAUUUUUAUAAUUUCAAACCCGAUAGAGAACCUCAUGGAAAUAGUUAUGAAAAUUAUAGUAAUUCGAAUAAAACUAAAAUUUAUGAUUCGUAUAACGAAAACGUUGAUGUAUCACCCGUAAAAUUACAAUCGGAAAAAAAUAAAUAUUUAAUAAAUAAUAAUUUAUUUUUUGAAAAAACAAAUAAAAUAAAAAACGGGACACGUUACGACGAUGACGAUGAUGAUGACGUGGCACGAGUGAAUUUUGACAAUAACGAGAAGGAAAUGUUUAUGAAAACAGAAUAUUUAAAAAAUCCGACAUUUUCAUUUGAUUAUAAUAACGAUUUAAAUCGUUUUAAAAAAUUUAAAAAACUUCCUAAAAUUAUAGAAAAUGACGAAAUAAAAAAAAAAAAUGAUGAUUUACGUGAAAAAAUAAGUUAUGAUGAUUUAAUACCCAAUAUUCGAUACGGAAUUAGUGGUGAUGAUUCUAAUUUAAAAUCGUUUAAAGAUGGAAAAUUUAAAAAUUUCGAUGAUAAAAAUGGUGGUAGCAAAUCCGAAAGAUGCUCUUACGUAACACGUGAACAACCAAUUACAUAUUUAACACCAAAGAAUGUCAAGACUGAUAUUAAUUUCGAUGAACAAUUUAAUUAUAAUAAUAAUAAAAAAAAAUGUCAAACGGAAUUUAAAUCUCAAGAAUAUCCAAUAAAAGUACAAAGUUUAACAAACGAUAAUAAAACAACGGAAGAUGAUAUUCGUGAAAAUCUAACAAUAGAUUUAAAAAGCUUAACAUCGGAAGAAUCGAGCAGCCCGAUAAAAAGUAAAACGGAUUCAUUCGAAAUGGAUGAAUUUCAAUAUUUAAACAUGCAAAGCUCGAAUGAUUAUUUGCCACAAAGUCCCCCCCAAUUAGAAAUUAAAGAAGAAAAUUAUUUGAAAAAUUUUAAAGGAAAAGUCGACGAGGAUGAUGACGAUGAUGGCGACUACGACGACUACGUGGACGAAGAUGACAAAAAUUAUUCGAUAUCUGAAAGAAAUUAUAACGAUAUUAUUAAAAAUAAAAAAAAUAUAUUUUCCGGAAGUACAUUAACACCAAAGGAAAAUGAUAAGAAAAUUUUUUUUAAAUACGAUAAAAAUAAAAGUGAAAUUAUAGGAAAUAGAUCAUCAAUGUGGAAAAAAAUUUCUAAUGGUGAUAAUAAUCAUUAUAAUGAAAAUGGAAAAUUUUAUAAAAAAAACGUACAACGUGAUGAUGAUAACGUAUCAUCAAAUGAAAAUUUUAUUCAUAUUCCUCAUAUUGAUGAUUUUGGUGAGAUAAUAAUAAUAAAAUUUUCUAUUUUAACAUAUACCUAA